AUGUCGGGGCGUAACUGGCAACGUAGCAACGACUCUCAGCGGGUCGCUAAUUCUGCUGCUGCUGCAAUGCGGCCUGCAUCCGACCAACAGCGCCAACGAAAUGAUGAAUCAUGGGUUGAGGUGGCCUCGCACCCUUCCUCGUCUUCCGUCUCGUCUAUCGGAGACGAGAUCGUCGUUACGGGGCUACAAGUGGGCUCCUCUUACAAUGCUCGAAGGCGACGACGUUUACAUCCGCAGUCUUAUGCCCGACCCGACGCCCGACAACCCACUUUUGUUGCCGCCCAGGCUGGCCAUGCUGGUGCAAGCAGCAGUCAAGAGGAGUACGAAGAGAGCGAGAGCGAGGACGACCGAGUUUUAACCAGCUCUGCUGAGUAUAUUGCCUCCCCUCGACCUACCGGGACCACUCCUCUGCGACACUCGGCUCAGCCCGUUGAGGACGACUCUAGUGACGAUGACGAUCGUGCGACGGCACUGGCUCAAUGCCCUUCGGAGCCGUUUCAACCUCAGCCAAAUGCAUUCUCGCACCCGCCGUCGCAUUUGACCCACCGACACUCAGCGAGCUCGACUAUCCCUCAGCAUCACCGGCCAUCCUUCGGCCAGCGAUCCCAGACUCGCAUCGACCGUCGCUCCCCUAAUUUUAUAUCGCCACACUAUCAGGCUGAUAACGAUGCGGCACUGCGUGCCAGUUUGACAACCCUGCUUAGCUGUGCAGCUGCAGCGGGUAAGCGAACCAAGGAAGGCGAAAAACAAAUGGAUGAACGUUCUCCUGCAGCCACUGGUAGCCAACCUGUGGAACUGCGCUUCGUUCCCGAGAGCGAACUAAUGGCCCCACCGCCGCCGCCGGCCCAGACAAGAUCUGGUCAACCUUCUGGAACCAAUCCCCCAGCGACUACGGCUCGCGAAUUGGGUGGCGAAAAGGUUAAGCGAACGGCCACACCCACUCCCGCUACAAAAUCGCCGCGAGCAACUAAGAAAAAGAAGAUCAGCGUGGCUUCGGGCGAGGAUACUCUUAUUAGCCCAACCCUCCUGACAUGGGUUGUAAGUGCCGGCGUUGUGGUUCUUGUCUCCGUCGUAGGAUUCGGGGCAGGCUAUGUUAUCGGAAGAGAAGUAGGUCGCCAGGAAACCCUCGGCAGUCUGGGCACCAAUGCUAGCGCUGUAGCCGACGGAAGCAAUUGCGGAAGAGAUGUGAUUAGAAGCGGCAGUGGAACUCUGAGAAGAUUUCGCUGGGGCACUACAAUGGGUAGAAGCGUGGCUGCUUGA